CCAGGUCCUCUUCUACAGCUUGCUCCCUCUCUCUCUCUUUUCGUGAAAUCGCUCAGGGCUGCACGGUUGCUGCAGAACCUAAACGCUCAAAAUGUUUAAUUUGGGGUCCAAACUGCUCUUGCUGUUCCUGCUGGCCUUUCCAUGUGGUUUAAUUUCUGACGGUGGAGUGUUAGCACAGACCGACCCUGAUCUCUCAGACGAUGCUGCAGAUGCAGCCGUGGAGGAAGAGGAAGAGGAGGAAGAUGAAGGUCUGGUGGAAGAAACUCAAACAGGAGAUGGAGAUGCAGACGAUGCUGAAGACGUGGAUGAAGACGUCCAGGCCACAGAUGUAACAUCUCACCCUGAUGCAGACACGACCAUCAUCUUUGUCACAGGAGAAGAGUUUCCCGCGAAUGAGAUCGUGAAGUUUCUGGUGGGUUUCACUAAUAAGGGCAGUCUGGAUUUCACUGUGCGCUCUCUGGAGGCGUCCUUCCGGUACCCUCAGGACUAUCAGUUCUACAUCCAGAAUUUCACAGCUCUGCCGCUGGACAUGGUCAUCUCUCCGGAGAAACAGGCCUCCUUCGAGUACUCCUUCAUUCCUGCUCAGCCGAUGGCUGGACGUCCAUUUGGGCUGGUCAUACUGCUGAACUACCAGGACAGUGAGGGAAAUGUUUUCCAGAGCGCUGUUUAUAACCAGACUGUGACCAUCACUGAGGUGGAUGAGGGUCUUGAUGGAGAGACGAUGUUUAUGUACAUCUUCCUGGGUGGGCUGGUUGCUCUGAUGGUCUUCGGGAUGUAUCAGGUCCUCGAGACCCGAACGAGGAAGCGAGUUCCAGUGAAAGUGGAGACAGGCACUGGUGGGAUGAAUGAUGUGGAUAUCAGCUGGAUUCCCCAGGAGACCCUCAACGUCAUGAAUAAAGCGUCACCAAGAGCCUCUCCAAGGAAACGGACCAAGAGAACAGCCGGAACUACAGAUCAGUAAGCCAGCCGGAGGGGGGGCUUUGGUCACUUUUUAACUCCUUCAGGUCAUUUUACGGCGACAUUCCAGUCCUGCCUGAACUAUGCCCCAUCAAUCACCACAUUCCAACAUUCCCAACACUAAGCUAGUGCGUUCCCAGUAUACUGUUACAUCUGAAUCUCUCUCCCCCUGGAUGAAGCAGUGUUCACAGCAGAACAACCGCCUCUCAUCAGCGUCUAUGUGAAAACGGAAGCAGUGCUGCUGAGCAGAGCUGAAACUUCGUUAUUGCAGAAGAACAGAGCUGGACCUGAUCCAUCUCGCAACACAAGACUGUAAAUCACUCACUCAGACACUGAAUUAAUAUCCUCAAAUCUUCCAUCAGUCAUGUCAAAGGGAAAAUGACUUUGAGAACUUCAGUUUGUGUGCAGCGAUUUUAACUGUCUGAAUGUGGAACUCAUUCUGAACGCAGCUUUAAUGAAACCGAAGAAAGUUUCACUCCUCAUUCAUAAAACCGCAGAGUAUUUGAAAAAUGUCUCCUUUAAUAAAAUCAUGUGAAAACCUUUG